GUCUUGGAACCACAACGCCUCGAAGAAAACCUCUGGAAAGAGACUUUGAGACUAUAAAGCUCAUCAGCAAUGGGGCUUAUGGUGCCGUGUACCUGGUAAGGCAUCGCGGGACACGGCAGAGGUUUGCCAUGAAGAAGAUCAACCGGCAGAACUUGAUCCUGAGGAACCAGAUCCAGCAGGUGUUUGUGGAGCGAGACAUCCUGACGUUUGCAGAGAACCCUUUUGUGGUCAGCAUGUUCUGCUCCUUUGAGACACGACGGCACCUCUGCAUGGUCAUGGAGUAUGUGGAGGGUGGAGACUGUGCAAAUUUGCUGAAGAAUAUGGGUCCCUUGCCGGUGGACAUGGCCAGAAUGUACUUUGCAGAGACUGUUCUGGCACUAGAGUAUCUUCAUAAUUAUGGCAUCGUGCACAGGGAUCUCAAACCUGACAACUUGCUCAUUACGUCAAUGGGGCACAUUAAACUGACUGACUUCGGUCUGUCUAAAAUCGGUUUAAUGAACAUGACCACAAACCUGUAUGAAGAACACAUGGAGAAAGACACAAGAGAGUUCAUUGAUAAACAGGUCUGUGGCACUCCAGAGUACAUUGCACCAGAGGUGAUCCUGAGGCAAGGUUAUGGAAAACCUGUGGAUUGGUGGGCCAUGGGCAUUAUCCUGUAUGAGUUCCUGGUGGGCUGUGUGCCUUUCUUUGGAGACACACCAGAAGAGCUCUUUGGCCAGGUGGUCAGUGAUGAAAUUGAGUGGCCAGAGGGUGAUGAUGCAUUGCCUCUUGAGUCUCAAGACCUCAUCACAAAACUGCUUAGACAGAGUUCCAAAGAGCGCUUGGGAGCUGGAGGGGCAGCAGAGGUCAAACAUCACAUCUUCUUCCAUGGUCUGGACUGGAGUGGACUGUUACGACAGAAAGCAGAGUUCAUUCCACAGCUUGAAACUGAAGAAGACACAAGCUACUUUGACACACGUUCUGAUCGUUACCAUCACUCUGAGGAGGAUGAUGAGACCAACGACGAUGAAUCUUAUCAGGAGAUCAAGUUCUCUUCCUGCUCGCAUCGCUUCAGCAAGGUGUACAGUAGCACCGAGCAGUUGGCUUCUCCCUCCAACUUGAGCCUGUCCUCUGAGCGGAGCUGCAGUGAGGAGAAGGAGGACCGGUGGGACUGUCAUUCAAUGCUCUCUCCAGUAGAAACCCCUAGACAGCUUCCAAGUAGCGACAGGAAGCAGGAUUCCCACUGGGGCAG